ACUCCACUUCCUCACAAAACCGAGACCAAGAGCACUACGUGCAACGCUCAGUAUGCAUGUGACCGGAUAUCGUUUGGUGCAUUUGGGUUUCAUUGUGACCGUGCUUUACAUACAUAGUUUCACGUUACAUAUACCCGCAUAUACCACCAAAACGGACAGAGCAGACAGACUGAACAGGCGCAAAGGACAGCAGCAUUCCAUUGCCUAUCGUGAGAUAUUAUACAUAUCAAAAUAUUCAGACGCAUGACCACUAGUUAAUGGAUCACUGGUUAGUUUAAAAAGAUAAAUGGGAUUCGGUCAAGCUCUGCAUGAGAGAACGCCUUUCAACGAUAUCAUGCGUUUUGAGAAUUCUUCAUCCGUCGAAAGCAUUCCGACCCGAGGAUUCGCCGAGCCGUGCGAUAUAGAAUAAAUUAUUUGUCUUAAUGAAAGUACGAGUGGACCUCUCUCGAGUCUCAUUCCACGGAUUGUCUUUUCUCCUACUCGGGGUGGAAUUAAGUGUGUGCGUACACAACAGAUUAAAACAUCGACAAUUACCAUCUAUCUUCAUGAGCUAAUGCUGCUGUAACGGUAAUUAUUGUUCCAAUGGUUAUCUUCGAAUUGGAUUAAUACACACGCUAUUGCCUACUGGAUCAAGUACACCGGAGCCGGCAUUAACCCCAAAUUAAGCACCAAAAACAGAAUCUUUUAGAAUGACGCUUCAGGGAAGUCAAACUGCCUUUAAAGUAGUCCUUGUCUUCUGUCUAUGCUGUGUGGCGGCUCUCGUGGUAGUACUCUCGAUAACUACCGACUCGACGGGAUUAAUGCCCUUUAAAUCUCCAGGCUUUUCCAGAAGUUCUAUCCGCUCAAGAUUCAAUUCAACUUACGCACCACAAACCGAAAGCGGUAAUCAAACUAAUACCGGAAGUUCAAAACCAUCAACGUCUAUUGAGAUGUCAUCUGAAUCGACAUUGAAUGUCACAGGUCAAGAUAAUUCAACGGAACAAGCACAGACCAAAGCUGUAAAGAAAGAAAAAGGUAUUCCGAAUCCUUUAAAGCCGGAAACAUCCUUUCGACAACCUCCACCAGCACAGGUGUUGACGACAUGCCCAAAUCAAGAUGUCCUCCCAAAUGAGAGGCUUACACCAAACAAAGAAGCUACGACCGUUCAAAGGGUCAACGAAUUCGUAUUCGGGAAGUUCUUACCAAAGACACAAGCCAUGACUGACGUGGCCAACCAAACUCUCCCGAGCAUCAUCACGAAGCGCAAGUCAAUCAGGGAAGCAGCGGACGAGAUUGAUAAGACGCUCACGGAGCUGAACCUCGCUGUCGACUUCGAUGACUACCGGCUACUUCCUGGUGGUCAUUGGAUCCCACUGUCGUGUAACCCCCGUUGGAAGGUCGCUAUUGUGGUACCGUUUAGAAAUCGCUUUCAUCACCUCCCAAUUUUUCUCCGCCACAUUGUGCCAUUGCUCAAAAGACAAAAGCUGGAAUUCUCCAUCUUUAUUGCCGAGCAGAGAAAUGACGAACGUUUUAACCGAGCGAUGUUAAUGAACGUCGGUUUCGUCGAGGCCCUAAAUUUUACGAACUACGACUGCGUGGUCUUCCACGACAUCGAUCACCUUGCCGUCAAUGUUAAAAAUUAUUUCGGCUGUGAUAACAUGCCCCGACAUUUUAUAUCCGGAGAAAAAAUAUGGGAGUGGAAGAUAAUAUACGAAAAUCUCUUUGGUGGAGUGACGGGGCUUACCACACAACAGUUCUAUGACAUCAAUGGUCUGCCCAAUGUCUACUGGGGAUGGGGUGGUGAAGACGAUGAAUUCGCAAAGAGGGUAAAGGCUAAGGGUUUUAAACGAUCGCGACCCAAAGGGGAGAUCGGGUACUUCGAUUCCGUCGUUCACGAAAAAAAGGAGUCAAGUCCGACUAACGAAGCAAGGUUUUGUCUUCUUAAUAACUACGUUCAUAGGAAAACCACCGACGGUGUAUCAAACUUGAGAUAUGAACAACCGACAAUAGAACUGCAUCCUCUUUAUACCAACGUCUCUGUCAACAUCCAGAAGCUACCUUGGAAUCCUCGUUGGCCAAGGUGUGAAGGGCAGUAGCGUAUUUAUCAUUAUUAUACUAUAAGUGUUGUACACCUUGAUGGUGUUAACAUCAGUGCCUUGGGCUUUCAUGCAUGAUGAAUGAUGUAGAAGACUACACCUUUGUACACUUCAAAAGCUAUGGUGUUGAUGCCAGUAUCUUGGGCUUUCAUGAAAAGAAUGGAUGAAAAGGACAAUAACAUUUGUGCACUUCAAAUGUCAUGGUGUUAACAUCAGUGCCUUGCGCUUUCCUCGAUAGUGAGUACAUGUAGAGGAUCUGUACACUUCAAAAUUCAUGCUUUCUACAUCGUCGUCUUGUCUUGGGCUUUCCCGAAUAGUGAAUGACUGUACAGGGCUAUAACACCUUUGUUCACUUCGAAAGUAUUGGUGUUUAACAUCAGUAACUCGGACUUUCCUCAAUUGUGAAUGGAUGUGGAGGACGAUAACACCCUUGUACACUUGAUCAAAAGCUUUCGAAUAAGAAGCUAUCUACACUUCAAAGGCCACGGUGUUAACCAACAUCGGUGUCUAAUUAGUCUUUCAUAUUAUGGUGAAUGAAUGUAUAAUGACGGACAAUAACACCUUUACUAAGCGGGAUGUAUACUUCAAUAGUCGUACAGGGUGUUAGCAUCGAGUGUCUUGGUCUUUCAAGGAGAAUAAAUGACGCUCCGUUGACACUAGAUUAUUGAAGAGUGCUUGUCAUAUUGCUGCAUUUAUGAGAGCAGCCAAUUAUGCUGCCCCAGCGACAUACAUUCCUGAUUAAAAGAGAAGUCCGCCCCAACAAAAUAUUGAUUUGAAUAGAAACAAAGAGAGAAGUCAAACAAGCGUAACACUGGAGAUUUCAUCAAAAUUAGAUGUAAAAAUUAUGGCGCUCUAGAUUCAAAUAUAUAUCCACAAAUUUAGUGAUUUCUUGACAAUUUGGUGUGUUCUUUGUUUACUAUAAAAAGGACAUUUUGCAAAUUUUCUGUAGAAAAAAAUAUGACACGGAUGGAUUUCCACAGAGUUACGGAUUAAUUGGAUCAAUCGGAACUCUUUGUAAGACAAGGCCCAGAUCACCAGUCUAAGGCAGUCUUGCAGAUCAAUGAUGUUAACAGAGGAAAA